ACGACACGAUUAGUCUGUGGUGUCGAGCAAUGGCCGACAGAAAAAGACUGUUUCGGUAACGCAUCGCGAGUGUCUAUAUUUUCAUAUUCAAAAACAUUUUUAUUAAAUCGCGUAUCAUAUUCGAAUGAGUGUUUUUGUGAAUAAAUAGUUGUGUUAUAUUUGACUGUGAUACAUUAAAGUGAUUGUAUAUGAACGGCUAAUAGUUGUAUGAUUUGUGAAAUUUUUGUUAUUGGUGAUGUGAAGGGCGCACUCCGUCGCGGGAGGCACGUGCCUGUGUACGCGUGCGCGUGCGCGCUCGUCUUUUGACAACACGCCGCGUUACUGCUGCCGGCCGCUAUGCCACUGCUUGGCUCCCGGCCGCCUCGCACCACCAGCCUUCCCGAUGACAAACUAGUCGCUACGUCACUUUACGUCUUCAAAUAGCUAGGCUGUGCAGUUCGCUUCCAAAUCAAAACGUUCAUUUGCACGUGCGUUUUCGCGACACACAUGUAAAGUGAAGUGCUUGUGCUAGUGCGUACCAGAAACCGGUUCGACCCGGUCGCGUACAGUUUGGUCUGCACCAAACCGGUCCAGUGCGUCAGGAGCCGGGUGGGACCGGCGCGCGCGAGUGCGGGCCCUCUGCCCCGGGACCGAUGUGUGCGGCGUCAUGGCGUUCAUGACGAAGAAGAAGCGAUACAAGUUCGGAGUUCAGUGCUGCCUCGAAGAGUUGACGGAGGUUCCCUUCGUCUCCGCAGUGCUAUUCGCGAAGGUCCGUCUGUUGGACGGGGGUAACUUUCAGGAUCAUUCGAGCAGGGAGGAGGUGUGCAACCACUCGGUGCGGUGGAACGCGCAGUUCUCCUUCGUAUGCAAGAUGUGCGCCAAUGCCAACACCGGCGUGCUGGAGCCCGCGCUGCUGCGCGUCUCCGUGCGUAAGGAAUGCAAGGGCGGGCGGUCGUACCAGAAGCUGGGCUUCUGCGACGUGAACUUGGCGGAGCUAGCGGGCGCGGGCGAGGCGACGCGCCACUGCUUGCUCGAGGGCUACGACCCGCGGCGCCGCCAGGACAACUCGGUGCUGCGCCUGCGCAUCAAAAUGAAUAUGAUAUCCGGCGAUCCCCUAUUCAAAGUGCCGGAGCGCAAGCAGGAGGCGGUGGAGGGCGGCGACAGCGGCGCGGAGAGUGCGGCGCCGCCCGACGACGACUGCGCCUGCUCCACCAACAGCUCCGGCUUCGGCUCCCUCACCAAGCCUCACGUUCCAGUGUCGGAGGGUGCGACGCCGCCGACGAUAGCCGCACUGGCGGCCUGUGAGCCCCCGCCCGAACAGGAGGAUCCGCCAGCGCCGGACCUCACAGCGAUGUCAGGAGGCGUGGCGACGUGCGCAUCGUGCCACCAGCACACGCACUCGCGCAACUCCUCCAACACGUCGGGCGACAUGAGCAGCAAGGCUUCGGGGUACGGCAGCUCGGUGUCUGCGGCGUCUGCGCAUUCCCGCCAGAGCUCCGAGGGCGAGUGCGCGCCUGACUCUCGCGACACUCGCGACACUCGCGACACUCGCCACCACAACAGUGUGCGCGUCGAGCGCUCCUGCACCACCAGCACGAGCUGCACGAGCGGCAGCACGCUGCACGUGCCCGCGUCCUCGCCCUCCGGCAGGCACUCGGGCCGCGCGCUCGCCAAGCUGCUGCUCGAGAAGACGCUCGUCGGCGACACCUCGGAGCUCUACCUGACGCCUAACACCACGCUCACCGGCCCCCCGGACGUGAUCCCGCGACACGCGCCGCACUCCGCCAGCCCCGCCGGAGAGGAGUACCGCACGCCCGACUCCACCCUGCUCGAGGAGAACACCUUCGCCAUGCCCACCUACUUCGACCACAAGCGCAAGGCGGCCGCGGCGGCGCUGGUGAGCGCGGCCGUCGAGCCGCUCGCCAACUUCCACAUCUUCAAGCAGAAGUCGCUCAACACCAUCCCCGCGCUGCUCGACAGAAGCAGGAAAAGCGAGGAGCUGUUCACCAAUUUCCCUUUCCUCACGCCCCUCGCGCACCGCAAGAACUCGCUGGUAUCCAACGCGAACAGACUGUCGGGCUGCAUCGAGGACGAGUUUUACUGCAUCCCCUCCGACCCCGAGGCGGACGCCGAGCUCGCCGACCGCAUCGACGUGCGCCAUCGCUUCCGCAGCCUCUCCAACCACGCCCUCGACCACCACCUCGACCAGGACCUCCAGACCUCCACGCCCAAGAACGAUACCCCCGCGGAUGUGAUACAAAGGAACACCUUCGCCUCGCAGAGAGCUCGCAAAGUGGAGGUCCUGCGGCACAGCUACACCGACUACACGAGGAACCCCUCGUCCGGCUCCCUCACCGCCUCCGCCUCCGAGAGCGGCUCGCUGGAGCGCGCGCGCGCCGCACGCGACCGCAACCGCAAGCGAGCGCCGCCCGCACAGCCCGCGCCGCACGCGCCGCACGCGCCGCACGCACCGCACGCACCGCGCGAGCCCCCGCCGCCUGACGACGUGCAGCACGCGGUGUCGUGUCGUGUGGAGAACACGCGCGUCAACCCCGACUCGCUGAUCGACGAGCUGCUCGCCGCCACAGACCUCAAGCACGCCGUCGACGACGCCGCAGAGACGUCAGGUCUGCAGCUGUUCAUAACGCGGGACGGCACCGCCGAGCUGGGCAGCAGGCAGCGCCAGCAGCUCGCGCGCCGCGACUACCAGCGCGUCGUGCUGCACCCGCACGACAACAGGCACGUACAUUACAUUCUCAUUGUUUUAUUUUACCGACACUGUUGCACAUUUCAUUAGGAAAUAAAUAAAAUACGACAAUCUUA